AGAAACCGAUACCCGUAACACAUGGAGGGUGAUUGAUCCAGGUCUAGGUGUGUUGAGGACUGCUUAUCCUGAGAGACCACCAUGAAGUGUUUAUUGUUGUUACCUUUUCUGGCCUGUUUUUGGACUGGAAGCACUGGUAACCUUUCAAUCCACAGUAACAAUUUAGUGGCGAUGUUCUCCGAUUAUCUUACUGACCUGGAAAACAGACAAAUGAACACGGUUAUUCACAACCGGAAGCGAGACGUGGGGAGUGGAGCAACUGAACAAUUAAGGAUAUGUACCGGAAAAAAGGAUUGUGGAAGUGUGGUUCAGAAUUUUGGAUUUCUUUACGAUGCUGAUAGCGCCAUUGAAAUCUGCAACAGUAGCUUCGUAACGAAAGCUGACGGGGUGAAAUGUUUCGACAAAUACCCAAGCUGUGGAUAUCUGCGAGAUAAGUUCAAUGUCUGCGAGAAAAAAGAGGUGGUUGAAAAGCUGGGAUGCGAUCUUACUUGCGGGAAAUGUAAACCAGAGCCAAAGUUUGGAAGUCAGAAAUCAUAAAAAUUAUGUAAUACAUCAGAUUUGUAUAAGAGUACAAAGUAAAGCUUGUACUAAUGAA